AGAACUUCUCUCUUAAUCCAAGAAUGUAGAACAGCGAAGUUUGUAAGCUAAUUUUAAGUUUUUCUUCUUAAAAAUUAAAUUUUUGAAUAUUUUAGACGCAAUGUAGGUUGAAAAAACAGUUGCGUCAGUUGUGCCCGUAGCAUCAUCCAUGCGCGGCACAGUGACUUCACCAAACGACCACAUUCACAAAUCCACCCGCGCCUCUUGAACUCGCAGCGAAGAGUUGGUAGUAGGAGAGGAAAAAAAAGCGAAACAGCUCUUCCAAGUCGUGACUCUACCACCACACUCUCGCAUCGGAACCCCGAGAGCCGGCACAUUGCGAGUGCUUCGUGCAGCGCACCGUCGAAUCAUUCGGUUCCAUUCCGUGGUCAUGGCAAGUCGCGUCUGUCGUCAGUGAAACGUUGAUGAUUUUUUCGUGCUUACCAGUGCAAGAAGUUAAGGACGAGUGAGGAUUUUGUUUUAAAAAAUCCACAUUGGAUUUGAGAGUGACUCACAAGUGAAUCUCUAGAAGAGUGUUUGUGGUUUGAAAAUACUGCAAAAAGGGCUUCCUUCUUGCCCCUUUUAUUUAUAUACAUUUCCGAUAUUUUAAACACCUGUCUGUUUGAUGAAAAAUUUAAAGAGCGGAAGGUGGCUAUUGGUGCGUGACAUUGCAUUCAAGUUUUCACAAAAAUAACGACAAAAAUAAAAUACACGAAUAAAAGUGCUUUGAAUGUUUGUUGAAUCAAUAAAAUUUUCUUGUGCUACAUAAUGUGAAUGUUAGACACAGAAUUUUCCAAAGUACCCACCGAACUGUUGUUCAUGACCCUAUCGCCAUGGUAACAUUAUGGUGAUGUUAAAGUAACUUGUGAAUGAAACAAAAAAAAUAUAUAACACUUCAAGGGAAAAAGAUUGGCAAAAGUGAACAUAAACACAAAAAAACUCCCAUCGAAGAAAUCGAAGAAAAUAGGGAAAAGAAUUCCAUAAAAGACCUCAAACAUUGAACAAGAAGAACAAAAUGUCUCGAGCAUUGAUAGUGUUUCUCGUGGUGAUAAACUCUUGGUCAGUUCUUGGUGUGUCCAUCACCAAGUCUGCCUAUAGGGAUGUUGUGGUGGAGAUUGAGGAUUCCGUUCCUCGCGAGCAGUGCGUCACAAUUCUCACGGAAUUGGAGGCUUCCUUGGCAUCGGCAUCGCAAUUUCUCUUCUCAGCUCUCGAUGGACGAGCAUACUUUGGCGAAAUUACCGUGAUAAUUCCUACCACGUGGCCCGAAGUGUGCCUCCCGCCAAAUCGCACCGUAGUGCCAGCUAGUGGUGAACACAGCGACAUCACCGUGACCUCAAUCCAUCCCAUACACAGCGAAGCAGUGUGGACACAGCAAUCUGGUGGAUGUGGCGAAGCUGGCGAACAAAUUUUCAUGAGCUACACCGGCCUCAAUCGAGCAACGUUCGACAAAGAACUCGUGCGUGAGUGGGCAAAAUAUAGAUAUGGGAUUUUCGAUGAGAGAGGAUUUGCUCGUGAUCCCGUCUACCCGAAAUGCUUCAUGACGGACAAACGCCAUGUAACUGCAUGCUCAGAUUCCUCAAUUAAUCCUGAUGGGGUUUGCGAGGAUAAUCUUACAAAUUACAACACCUCAGCUGCUGUUGAUCCAAAUGCACGCACAAGUCUCAUGUAUGCUGCUGAAGCUCCCAACGUGGUGAUGUUCUGCGACGAAGGCAAUCACAAUAGAUUCGCACCCACAAAGCACAAUCAUCUCUGUGGCCGCCAAAGUACUCUCGAAGUUAUCCUGAAGCAUGCUGAUUUUGCCAACAGCAAUAUGGUUUCGGUAACAUCUCCCUCCUCCAUCGUCAAUACCCAUCCAAUCUUUGUGUACAAAAAGCGAACAACCACGCGUUAUGUGAUUGUCAUCGAUGAAACUCAGGAUAUGCAAAUCCGUGAAUCCUGGAGCUUCCUCCGAAAUGCCAUACGCAAGUGGGUAGUCUAUGAUCUCCCACGCAAUACGGAAGUUGGUGUUGUGUUGGCUAAUGACACGGCUGCUGACAAAAUUCUCCAAAUAUCUUCACUCCUUGUGCCCAAGACAAGAGAUCUCGUUGCUUCAUUCAUUCCCUAUUCGCCAAAUGACUCAAGGCAACCUGCAUGCGUGAACUGUGCCGUGAGAGAUGCCAUUAGGAUGCUACGUGAAAGGAGUAGGCUAAUUGGGCCAGCUAGCAAUGUUGUCCUUAUAAUCGCACCAGGAAUGGACUACAACACUGACCAUCACGCUCUAUCCCUGGAAGCAAAUUCAGCCAAAGUUAGAAUCGUCACCAUUAACUAUCCAGGUGUUAUUCGUCGACAACCUUUGGAUAUACUGGCAUCAAAAACUGAUGGCUCUUCGUAUACGAUAAUGGAGAACAAAUACAACGGCGAAAAGACAUUCCUAUCAACUUACUUUGAUCUCACAAAUGUCCUUUUUCAUAUUGGCACCCAAUAUUACGAAGGAAACCCAUCAGAUCUUCCAGUGGAGAUCCACAGAAAAGAACUCGUUGAUAUAGUUGAGGAUGCUAACUCUGCAAAGAGGAUCAGUCGCUUGAUUACGGGUAGUUUCAUGUUAGACAACUCAAUGGGUAUUCCGUCGUCCUUCUUCGUUUACACGCACAACGUGGAGCAUCCUCUCAUUCAUGGUCUCAAGCUAAUCAGUCCAAAUGGAGUAGUUUACUCAACAAGAAGCGAUUCAAGGCUAUCUGUUAAGCAGCUCAUGAUUCCGGCAACAAUCAAUGAAACAGGCACAUGGACGUAUACAAUUGAGAGAUUCAAUGGAAAUCCUCAGCCACACUAUGUUCAGGUGAUGGUGACACCGAGAAAUGGGAAUGCAGCCGUAAUUAGAGCUAGAGCUUGGAUACAACGGAGUCAACAGGGUGGCCCUAUUCGAUUGUAUGCAGAAGUGAAGAAGGGCUUACUGCCAGUUCUAUCGGCACUCGUUGAAGUUCGCAUUACACGAAUGAAUGUCCAGUGCAAUGCCAGUAUUGACUGUUUCAAGAGGUUCAAGCUCUUGGAUACAGGAAGUGGUGAUCCUGAUGUAACCAAGGGUGAUGGCAUCUACUCACGAUAUUUCAGUAGCGCAGAAAUGGGCGUUGGAACGUACAAGUUUGAAGUGAUCGUAACGGAUAAUGGGAAUACGGCUUAUUCGCUUGCAGACGAAGCCUUUGCGAGGAAUUUGGAUGGAAAGGGUCAACCAUGCUGCGGUAGCGUUAUACCUGUCCCAUCUAAACAGCCACUACCACCAUUCCAGAGGGUCUUACCAGCUCUAACCGUCUUUGUCACCAAAGAACAAUCUGAUCUCGAAAGUAAGGAGAUUUAUGGAAGGAUAGGAGAUCUCAGAGCUGAGGUCUUGGAGGGAAUGAAAGUUCGCCUAAGUUGGACCUCACCUGAUCUCGGAGGCUUAAAUGUUGCACGGUAUGAAGUGAAGUAUGCCACAUCAAUUGAGGAUAUUGUGAAUAACUAUGAAACCGCUGCUAUUAUGUGGACGCACGAUCAACCAUUUGCAUUCUCAAUUGGUGAUGAGACAUCGUUCAUUCUCAAUAUGACCACUGAACCCGAACUAAUUGGUCAACCGCUGUACUUUGCAAUUCGCGGGUACGCACAACUCUCCAAAGAUGCCCUAGCCAGUCAAGUAUCCAACUAUGUGCGAGUAUUUGUGCAACGUCCUAGUCUCCCAUCAACUGCAGCACCAAAUUAUGCAACAGAUGGAAUCUACUCGUCAUGGCCUUUUGGGAAUGAUAGCGACAACACGGACAACUUCAUCCCUCGCAUUGCUCAAAGUAUCAACAUUGGCCUGGAACUCAUCAUACCAAUUAUCGGAGGAAUUAUCCUUCUGAUCGUACUCAUCUUCAUCUACUGCUACUGCUCAAUUGCAAAGCGGAGAUCCGGCAGUGGGGAGAAGAAGAAGACUCUCAAGCAAAUGAAGAAUGAAAGCAACCUUGUUAACGUAAUUGUUCCAUCUCCAAUGCAUCAGAAUCACCAAAAUAAUUUGCACACUGAAAAAUUGGAUAAUGACACAAUGCAGAACUACGAAGCACUCAAUGAUGUUCCGGAUUUGCAUACAGUUGGUGUCCCAAUUUACAGUCUCGAUGAUGAUCUCAGGGCCAAGAAUCGGUACUCCUUGGUCCACCAUCAGGAGCAGCAAUUGAUUGAGGAGCUCAAGCAAUCGCACCACAUGCAGAGGGACAUUCCAGUAUCAUGCCCCACAUAUGGUCCUCCUGGUGUUAGUAUAAUUUCUGCCAGUAAUACUUUAAGUCGCAAUGGACGUAUCCUUAGCCCCUACGAAUCCUGGACUGCAUCGCAACUACUUACCGAACACGAACGUCGUCAUAGUCCAACAGAUGAGCUACUCAUGCCCAAUGUAAAUGGUAUGGAGGGACUCGUGGAUAUGCCACCGAAUGAUCAGAUGUUGCUACUAAAUAACCACCACAAUCGCUCAGACUGCGUCUCUCUUUCGGGUAGCCACAUGGCGCCACCGGUUCCACCACUACCCUACAAUACAGGUGACUACCAAACGCAAUCGAACUACGUAAUCUACGGUAGGGGACAGAAUCAACCACCGCCGAUGUAUUCGGUCGUCAAUCGGGGAAAUUCAUCACCAGGUGCACCACCCCCGCAGCAGUUUGGUGUCAACAGCAGCCUCCAGGGUAGCCUAAAUUCGGUGAAUUCAAGUGAAAAGAAAAGGCGGAACGUGACCAUGGUGUAAGGCUCUGCGAGCGCCCCAAAGCUCCAUUGUGACUAGUCAGCAAAAAUCCCUAAUCGAUAGGCAUUAAUUUGUACUCAGAUCCUAUGUGUAUCUCAUAUCUCUGUAUUUUAGUAAGUAGAAAUUUUAAUGUAAUUUCGUCGUAAGGAAUCAAAGAAAUAAAGAUAAUAAAGAAUUAUGCGAUAUAUCAUGAAA